CUGCGCAGCGGCCUGGCUCCGCUCCUGCCCGCUCAGCUUUUUGGAGGUCCCGGCCGCGCGUCGAGAGACGGCACGGCACGGGACGUGACGGGGGGUCUGCGCGGCUCCGCUCACUUCAUCUUCCACCCACCGCACCGGGUCCAGCUCGGACCGCCGCAGCCAUGACCACGGAGGACGAGAUCAUCCGCAUCGCCAAGAAGAUGGACAAGAUGGUGCAGAAGAAGAACGCGGCUGGAGCUCUUGAUUUAUUGAAGGAGCUUAAGAAUAUUCCCAUGACCCUUGAGUUGUUGCAGUCUACCAGAAUUGGAAUGUCAGUGAAUGCAAUACGCAAACAGAGCACAGAUGAAGAAGUUACAUCUUUAGCAAAAUCUCUGAUCAAGUCUUGGAAAAAACUGUUAGAUGGACCUUCAACUGAUAAAGAUUCUGAAGAAAAGAAAAAGGAGCCUGCAUCUUCCUCACAAAAUAGUCCUGAAGCAAGAGAAGAAAGCAGUUCAAGUAGCAAUUCCAACAGCAGGAAGGAGGAGGGUAGUGCUCCCUCAAAUUCUUUCAUUCCUUCUUUUCCCCGGGCUCCAAGCACUUCGGAUUCUGUACGAGUGAAAUGUAGAGAAAUGCUCUCUGCAGCUCUCAGAACAGGAGAUGAUUACAUUGCUAUUGGUGCUGAUGAAGAAGAGCUGGGUUCUCAGAUUGAAGAAGCUAUUUUUCAAGAAUUAAAAAACACUGAUAUGAAAUACAAAAACAGGGUACGAAGUAGAAUAUCAAAUCUCAAGGAUGCGAAGAAUCCUAACCUAAGGAAAAAUGUGUUAUGUGGGAACAUUCCUCCUGACAAGUUUGCCAAAAUGACAGCAGAGGAAAUGGCAAGUGAUGAGCUGAAAGAAAUGCGCAAAAAUCUGACCAAAGAGGCUAUUAGAGAGCACCAGAUGGCUAAAACAGGAGGUACCCAAACUGAUCUCUUUACAUGUGGCAAGUGCAAAAAGAAGAACUGUACAUACACCCAGGUUCAAACCCGCAGUGCCGAUGAACCCAUGACAACGUUUGUUGUCUGUAAUGAAUGUGGAAACAGAUGGAAGUUCUGUUAGAAGAAGAAAUUGUCAAGACAUCUGGACCAGUAUGAAAGAGGAUUUUGUAAUUGGCUUUAAAAACUAGGCUAAGCAUCUAGCUUCCUGCAAGUGAGAGAAAUUUGGAGUUUAUUUUCUUUUUCCUUUUUUUUUUUGUUUCGUUUUGUUUUUUUGUUUUUUUUUUUAAGCAGCAUACAUGCCUGAAGUUAGCCUUUGUUUUGACACAGCCAUCAUUUCCUUAAAUGCCUUCCUGUAGCUGAUAGUCAUUAGGGCCAGGUUGCUCAAUUGUAUGGUGAAUGUUAAAAUAUUUUUUCAUUUUUAUAAGUAAGUUGAUAUUAAACUUUUACCAACUAAA